AAUGUCUACAAUUUGGUACUUACAAAAGGGAAGUACACAAAUUUCUACCUAAACGGAAAAGAAAAAAUUAUAUUCUUACCUGUACAUAUCAAAUUGAACCAAUUUUAAUGGGAGAAAAAUUAUUUAGUCUGUAAGCAGUUCCUCGAAAAGGCAACAAAUCAGGACUUUCAAUUGCAAAAAAGGGUUUUACACACCCAUUGUUGUACGCUAUUUUUUUUUUUUUUUUUUUUUUUGCACACAUUUAAGAAAAUUUUAAAAGAAUUAAAAAGCAACUUGGCUAGCUUCACAAAACUGCACCAACAACACUUUUAAUUGAAAAAGCGAAAAAAGCACGACUGAACCAGUACAGUGUUUUUAACUUUUCGGUGUACCGCCCGUUUGUGCCAAUCAGGGGGAAGGACACACUCCUUGGUAGAAGCGAACGUUUCUGUCUGUGAUUAUCCCACUGCCAAGCUGAUCUGGAAGGAAGCACGCACUCUAAAUAUAUACUUGUGCAUGUACGUGUGUCUAUACGUAUAAACACCCAUAUAGCCGCGCAGACCAACUGGCACUUCGCGAAAAAGGCACAACAGAAACGCUCCACAUACAAAUGGGGAACAUAUCCAGUGGGCAAACCAGGAAGCCAUUGACACUGCUUGAGCUAAGCACAAAGAUUGGGGAAUACCGAACGAUAAAUGAGGGAGAUCCUGAGAUGGUCGAAGAUCCAGACUUCCCACGGAAAAUGAUGAACGAAGCAUUAAGCAAGAACAUAACGGUUGAUGGGAGCACCGUCCAAGGCACCUUCGUUUAUUACCCAAACAAAAUGAAGCCGAAAAUGUGGAUAGGGAACUACAACAUUUUGAACCCUGAAGAUAUCCUUUGCAGAAAUGUGGCCGAGAAAAUUGGGAUGACUGAAGCUGAGUGGAAGAACUACGUCCAGGCGAGGAAGAAGGAACAGGAGCAAUCUAGCAAUGUCCAAAUCAUUCCCAACUUCGAUUCUUCCCCAGGAGAACACUCCAUGUCUUUAAACGAAAUGAUGAAGAGAGGCACUGUUGCACCUUUUUAUAAUGACGGGGGAGAGUUCGCACAAUACGGUGGAGCUCCAUUUGUCACUGACUCAGUUGGUGCGCAUAAAAAAUAUAAAGGAGAUAAUGAUCAGGAUUUUGCUGAACAAUCCCACAGUAAUAGUUGCACUGUGAAAGAUACCGGAGGUGAUGAGGAUAUAUAUUACGACAUGAACAGCACAAGAGAAGACGAAGGGGAGCUUCCCUACAGAGUGGACAACACAGCAACCGUGGAACAGACACAUGUCCCGAGGAAACACCAACGGGGUGAACACACUAAGGAAGAGAAACACGAACAGGAAAGGAGAAAAUAUAUACAAAAAUUAAACAACGAAAUUAGCAAUAUAAAUGCACAACAAGAAAGAAUAAUUAACGAAAAGCGAAAAGAUCUGCUCGCUUACUCAAAGUCCAACACAAGUCAGCUGCCUCCUCCACAGAAUAGCGGAUCCUUUGGAAUGAAAAAUAUACGACGCUCAACAAAACAAGAUAUGAAAAAUAUAAUCACGGAACUUAUAAACGAUAACAACAAAACGGAUUCUUCGAAAAUGUAUUCUUUAAGGAAGAAGAAAAAGGAAGUGUAUGUCGAUUUGUCCUCCAUGAGUACGAAGGGAAGUUUGGAAAUGAAGACAUCCUCUAUUGGUAAGGAUGAGCCCUUGAGUAGGAGGGUACACGUGAAGAGGACCUUAGUCAAGUGA